GAUGUGGCUGAGAAGUCGACGGCGGACCAGAAGCCUUGAGGCUAAUUGCCCAUCUCGUCCAUGACCAAUAAUCAAGUGAGAGGUCUUAAGACUUAGAAAACACUUGUCGCAAAACCGUGCGUGGAAGAAACACGUGGAGCGAAGACCUUCAUUUACCUACGGAUUCACCCGCAGACAGCAACUUUAGCACCCCGAUUUGGGAGACCAGAACUUACAGUUUUUGGAGGACUGGAGGACAGAACCAAAUUGCCCAACUUCCUCGAAAACUCGAAGAAGAUCUCUUCCUCGGAAGCUCGUUCAGUCCAGUCCCACAGAAGGAGAAGAGUGUUCGCGAACACUUGUUGCAAGCAGUAGAAGUACUUCGAAGACGGGCUUGUAGUUUGGCUUGCCAAAGAAUUGUCAGAAAAUCUUCGAUUCCAACACAAGGUUCAAGGUCCCUCUGGCCCACGGAGAUGCGUGAUUUGAUUAUUUGGGUCAUUAGACUUGCAACUUUCUUAACAGGAAUUAUGGUCGUCACAUUUUCGAACAGUUUCUCAAGUAAUCAUGGACUAUCAUCUCUCCACUUACUGCAUUUGCACAUGGGGAGAAAUUAAGAUUGGACUUGUUAGGUUUUCGAGUGACCAUUGAAGUAACGAUCUGGGAGAGGGCCGAAUGAGGCUAUCUCCCCGAUAGGGUAUAGGGCUGAAGCUCUCCGGGGCCGUAGAAUGGGACGACAUUUCAGAGUGUUGGGGGGUGGCGAGGGUUGGAAGAAGAAGCAGAGGGUCGACGUGCAGAUGGUUGUCAAAGAGGAGAAGAAUCUCGUUUUGGACUGGAAAGCUGUACCUCGCAUCGUCAUGGACAAUAUCAUCAGUCGUCUGCCAGUGAUGGAGCUUUUGCAUGGCAGGUUGGUGUGCAAGAGGUGGAAGGCUGUCAUCGAUGGCAGUCCGGAUGAGGUUGGCUUCAGCUUGGAUGACAUACCAGACGGUCUGAUCGAGAAUAUACUGGCACGAUUCACGGUGCUAGAGCUUCUGCAACUGAGACUGGUGUGCAAGAGAUGGAAGGGGUUGAUUGAUGCACCCAUCUUCUGGGAGCAGUGUGAGAGGGAGUCCAUCUCGGAGCCAUGUUUUCUCGUAAUAUGGAGUCGAGGAGGCAAGCAGAGCCUCCAUGCCCACUUUCCUUUGAGCGACAAGUGGAGACGUCUUCCACCUUCCGUUGUCUAUCCCCAGAAGAGGAUUGACGCAGCUGGUUCCAGCACCAGAGGCCGACGAGGCCAUGCCGCAUGCACAACCAUCGACCCUGCAAGCGACUCCUUGCAGGGUCUGUGGUGCAUUCAGACAAUGCGCACAUUGCACGAAGGAACGAGGCGAGAUGGGACAACGAUCACUCUUCACAAUCCCAUAUCGGGCUGGUUGACGAGGCUGCCAGGCUACUGUGAUCCUAGACUCAAGGCUUCCCCUCCAUGCAAUGCUGUAAUCGUGAUGAUGCAGCGCGACGGCCGAUCCUUCAAAGCUCUGUCCGCAGGCAUUCACAGCGAGGGCUGUCGAGGAACAGAUUUCAAAGACUGUGUCGCCACUCGAUUGUACGACUCCGAGUCUCAGACGUGGACCGAGGCUGCAAAUCUGCCCUUCUCCCAUCUACGUUUCAGAUACGACUACGCCAGGCAGGUGGCGCACGUCGAUUGCGGCACUCAUGUCUACUUCGUGGUUCACAAGCGCAACGAGAUGAUCCUUCUGAAUUUCGUUCUGCAGUCCAAGACAUGGCAUACUGUCCCUGGACUCAUGCCUGCGCAAGAUCAUGCGGAUCAGUACGACUUCAUCACCAUAUCCAAGUCCAACACAUCGCUGGUACUAGCCUUCAGAACACAGGAUCAAAGGUGCUUCUCUAAACCAUAUGGCCUCUUUCCAUCGAUCUUCUGUUGGAAUCAGAUGCAGUCAUCCGAAGACCAAGUCUGGCAAGAGGUGCAGUGGUCGAAUCCACCAGCCACACGGAUUCCAGUCAACUUCCGGCACCUGUUUUACGUCUUCAAGUGGUUCGCAAAGGGAGACUUCAUCUUCUUCAGGUGUGCUGAGCUAUGGGGUGCAGGGGCUUUGGUGCUCGACCUACGCAAUGUUUCUUGGAAAGUUACCAGUUUCGAUCCUGUCACUAAUCCAAAUCCCAGAUGCGCGUCGACGGACACGGUCGCUCUGGAAUUGCGCCUCUCUUCUCUCGUUGGCCACCGUCGGGAUCUUCCCUCUACGUCUCGAUCGUGCUUCAUCUGAACUCGAGCCUCAGCUGUAGGUUCUGACUUCGAUCUGCAGCUAACAUGCUAUCGUUGGAGUCCCUUGAGUGUCUGUAGACUAGCAAGUGUGACGAUUCAUCGUCUGUGGGCCGUGAUAAGCCUUCUCAGACCACUUUUUCUUUUCUUUUUCUCUGUACAUAGUCAAGAGUAGUGUGGUGUGUGAAGAUUAUUUGCUGUCCAGUCGUUCGAUGUGAAAACCCAAACUUGUUUAAUCCAAACCAUCCAUUAUC